GCGCUGCUCCGUGCGGCACAGGCGAAGGGCCAGGCGAGCCUGGAGAUCUCCUGCGGCGACCGCUGCUACUCUGUGACCUUCAGGAAGGGCGAGGCCGAGCGUGUGAACCUGCAGACGCAGGUGCGCCGGCGGAUGCGCGACCGCGCCGCCAAGGAUGUGAGGUGCGAAAGUAUCGUCAACUCCCUCACCAGCAUGGGCUUCUCUGAGGAGAAGGUGCGGGAGGUCCUGGAAAAGAGCAGCGACCUCUCCAAGGCGCUGGAUGAGCUGAUGUUGCGCUGGUGGGGCGACUGCCAGCAGCAGGAGGCACGAGACCACGGGCAGGUGGGCUUUGAGGUCUUUCCCCGCGGCUCCUGGCCAGGCCAAAUGAGGCAGCAGGGGACUUGCCCGGCAGGCGAGGUGCUGAACGUGGAUCCCAGCGCUGGCUGCCCGGCGGACUGGCAGCUUGACAGCGGCACCUCUGGGGCCCAAGUCUGUGUGCGUUCGGGCUUCCCGGGCUCGUCAGUGCAGGUGGACGUGGUGCAGGCGUUGGCGCAAGCGGGGCAUGUCAAAGGCCGGCGGAUCUACGACAGCAUCGCUGGCACGCUGCAGAUCUACCAAAAAGGCUCCACGGACGCGUUCCAGCAGGGCACCCGGGACCUCUCGAGCGUGGAAUCCAGCGACUAUGUGGACGGUAUGUCGGUGACCAUCGGCGCGCCCAGGACACACAUCUUCACCCUGGCCCUGGGCACCUCCUACGACACCGCCCUUGGCACAGCUGGCAUGUGCCCCUGCGGUGUGGAGACCCAAAGUGUCCAGUGUGGGGGUGAUCCGGUCCCAGCCUUCCUCUCGGGGGAGGAGCACCUCUGCGACAGCGGCACGGUGGGCUCGGCGAGCCUCGCCUGGGGCGCGCGCCUGGUGAGCGCCGGCUUCGGCCCGACAGCGCUGGGUGCCACGACGCAGACGCUGGAGGUGCGACUCAUGUGCGACAGCGUCAGCUCCAACGAGGAUGUGGGGGUCCUGCAGCUCUCCGUGUCGGUCAAUGAGCUCGAGGAUACGACGCCUCCAGUGAUCAGCUUGCUGGGCGCAUCUCCUCUGAAGGUGGAGGUGGACGCUAUUUUCCAGGACCCGGGGGCCUCGUGCGUGGACGACCUGGACGGCCCAUUGACCACCAACAUCACGGUGCUGGGCUGGGUGAACACCAGCGAGUUGGGCACGACCGAGCUGGUCUACUCCUGCGAGGACAGCCGGGAGAACGCUGCCAACGUGUCGCGCCUGGUGGUGGUGGUGGACUCCGGGUCACCCACUGUGGAGCUGCUGGGUGAGCCGCGGCUGUGCCUUGUGGAGGGCGAGGCCUACAUGGAGCUGGGGGCGCGGUGCCUGGAUGCGGCAGACGGGGCCUUCAUGGCGGAGAUCCGAGGCCUCGUGGACUCCAAUGUGCUGGGAGACCAGUACGUGAGCUACGUUUGCGUGGACAGCGUAGGCAACAACGCUACGACAGCCCGGCGUGUGACGGUGGUCUCCGGGGAAGCCCCUGGAGAUCUGUUCCUCACCAGCUUCGGCGUGGAGGUGCGGGGCGCGCUGAGCUUCUUUGCGCCCCAAGUGCCCGCCACGGAUGUCGAUCCGAAGAGCGAGAUCGUACUCACGUGGUCCGAGCCGGUGACAGCUGGCACAGAGGCCUGCCGCUUCAUCUCCUUCUUCAAGGAGGGGGAGCUGGUGGCCCAGCACGAGGCCCUAGAUCUGUUCGCCAACGGCGCCCUCUCCGCGCAGCAGUUGGUCUUGGGCAGCCAGGCCUUGGAGGAGAGCACCAGCUAUGUGGUCCAGGUGGACGAGCACUUGGUGCUGACGGCCGGGCUCAACGGCAGCCAGCGCCAGCAGCUGCAGAUCCGCACGGGGGACUACCAGGGCCCCCGCCUGCGCAGCGGCCCCAGCGGCAGUGCCUGGCCCUUCGGCGACCUCAGGCUGGGGUUCGAUGAAGACGUCCGCCUCGGCUCUGGCUCCUUGCUGGUGUGGGAGCGGGUGGCCGGAGUGGAGGAGGAGGUGCCGUGCAACGGCUCGGCCUCUGAGCGCGGCGCGCGCAUGGAGGCGGCGGGGAGCGAGCUCUCAGUGCAGCUGGGAGGGCUUUGGAGCUUCUGCGGGGACUUCCGGCUCAGCGGGGAUGUGGGCUGCGCACUGGACGCGGCCGAGAACCCCUCGCAGAACUUCUCGGUGGCUUUCCUGAGCUCCUGCGUCUCCACCUUGAGCCCCGAGCAGGGCAGCCGCGGGGUGGCGCUGGACCAGCCCGUGACGUUGACCUUCCCGGAGCCCGUCGCGCUCGCACCGUCCAAUGCCUCGGUGGUGCUGGAGAUUGUGGGGGAGAGCGUGAGGCGCUACGGCCAGGAAGACUGGCCACGUUUGUACGUCUUGGGCCGCAGCUUGAUCUUGGACCUGGCCUGCGCCACAAAGUACUGCGCUAUCCAGGCGGCUUAUGCCAACCUAAGCUUCUCGCCGCUCGGCUUCUGCGCUGAACUCACGCCGCAGCAGUGCAAGGGAAAGGUGCACCGGGUGUGGCUGGAGGGUGGCCUGGUGCUGCGGAACCUCACCUGGCCCGAGGCGCCUGAGGGCCUGGGCGUGCAGGACGUGCCGGCGCAGCUGGUGGAGGAGCCGUACUAUUUCACGCUGCAGGUGGCGGACUACACAGCUCCCCGCGUACUGGUCAUGGAGGUGAGCGCGAGCGGAGUGGAGGUGGCGCUCAAGGUGCGCCUGGACGAGGCCGGCGUUGUGUACUGCGCCGCGUUGGGGGAGGCGGACGGCGAGUGCACGCAGGAGGUGCUGCUGUUGCAGGAGUACAGCAACAGCACCUGCAACUUGACCCGGUCCGACUGCAAGGAUUGCGAGCCGCCCAGCUACGGGUGCUUCACCCGGAGCUCCAUGUGGGCGGACGACGGGUGCUCAGGCCGUUUCCUGCUGGAGGGCGUGGAGUUGGACUGCCAGAGCUGGGAGCUGGACAAGACACUACACGACGCGGCCUUCCGUUCCGUGCUGUCGCUGGGGCACCGCCACGCCUGCGCUGUGCGGAAGGACAUCCAAGCUGCGGCCUGCUGGGGCAAGGCGGACUACAUCGACCCGGUGACCUUCGCCGCCCCCGCAGGGAGCUUUGGGGCGGUGGCGGCGGGGUACCUCCACACCUGCGGGCUGCUGGAGACUGGAGAGGUGCAGUGUUGGGGUACGGACCUCCAUGGGGAGACCUCAGCGCCUAGCGGGAGCUACGAGCACAUCACCAGUGGCUUCAGGUUUUCUUGCGCGCUGCGCGCCAGCGACCACUCCGCGGUCUGCUGGGGCCUCAACGACUUCGGCCAGGCCUCGCCGCCCUCCGCGGCCUUUUUGACGGUGUCGGCGGGGUAUAAGCACGCCUGCGGCAUACGGGAAGACUACCUGCUGGCAUGCUGGGGUCUGGACGACUUGGGCCAGGCCUCCCCUCCAGCGGGGGAGUUCCUGGCGCUGAGCGACCGGGGCCAGGCGCUCGCCUUCGGCAGCCUGGCGGCGGGGUGGCACCACAACUGCGCGGUGCGGAGGGACCAAGGAAUCUCCUGCUGGGGCGACAACAGCCAGGGCCAGUGCGACGUGCCGGUGGGCGAGGCCACGUAUCUGCAGGUGGCGGCCGGGCGCGUCCACAGCUGCGGGCUCUUCAAGGUGCUGCCAGGGCAAGGCCCAGGCGUGGUGAAGAAUGGCACGUUGCACUGCUGGGGCGCGGAUGACGUGGGCCAAAGCUCGCCGCCACAGCUGCCCAAAGUGGGGGGCGUUGCGGCGGACGAUGACUACACCUGCGCGCUGGCCAUGGAUGGCACGCCCUACUGCUGGGGCAAGAACGAUUUUGGCCAGGCGAGCCCCAGUGGCAGUGGCUACGGCCUGCCGGAUGAGUUCGAGAACGUCACCUGCGCCACAGACACCACUGCCAGCAGCAAACGGAUCAAAGGAGCCGGGCUCCGCGAGGCCAGCGCGUCCGCGCGCGCGGCCUAUGACUCCGCCAGGGGCCAUGCAGAGGCCAGGCUGACGCUGCAGGGCCUGGCGGAGGGUCAGAGCUAUGGGGUGUACUGCACCGCGGAGGACGAGGAGCUGCCGGUGCCCAACGUGGUGUCGGACUCCGUGGUGGUGGCCCUUGGCCGCCAGGUCACGAUGCCCGACAGGACGGCGCCGCUGGUGCAGGUGGUGUCGGUGGAUCAGGGCCCUGCUGGCUCAGUGGCGCUGAAGGUGUCGCUGAGCGAGGAGGGGGUGGCCUUCUGCCUGGCAGUGGUGGAUGGAGCAAGGGCACCCUCCCAGGCGGCGCUCCGUGCGCGGGGCGGCCGCUCGGAGGCCGGCGAGGUGGUGCUCACGGGUCUGGCGCUGGACGUGGAGUAUGACGGCUACUGCACGGCCAGGGACCUCAGCGGAAACUGGGCCACCCAGGAGGCCAUUCUGCAGAGUAAGGUGGACUUCCACGUGGCCCGGGACCUGGCGCCGCCCAAGCUGCUCCGCACGGAGCCGCUGGGCGACGGCUUCUGCGUCUGCGAGGCUGACGGCGUGGCGCCGGGCUGCAUGACCACCCUGAAGCUGACCUUCGAUGAGGAUAUCUUCCGGGGAUCAGGCAACUUGACGGCUACCUGCACGAACAACCCGGGGAUUUGCGCGGAUGUGAUCUUGCCCAUGCACCUGGAGUCCUGGUACACAGGCAGCUCGAGCAUCCUCUUCAACGAGCUGACGGUGCACUUCAGCGAGCCCCUGACCGAUGCCUCCAGGUUCAAGGUGGUGAUCGACCCCGGCGCGCUGCGGGACCGCUCGGGGAAUUGGGUGAGCCUGGACGAGACCUGCGCCUCUUGGGUGCCCUUGGGUGCGGAAGAUGCGCUGCCGGACAUCUGCGACGGGAGCUUCACCUUUUGGACGCCCUCCUAG